AUUUUUUUUUUGUUUAUUUCGAAAUCAUUUUAUUAAACAUCUUAGAAUUAGAAAAAUGGAUGACUUUAAACAACUUGGCAUUAGUAAUUGGCUUUGUAAAGCAUUAAAAUCAUUGGGCAUCACUAGUGCAUCAAAUAUUCAACGUGAAGCAAUACCCGUUAUUUUAUCAUCAAAACGACCAAAUGUAUUUGCUUGUAGCCGUACUGGUAGUGGUAAAACAUUGGCAUUUGUUUUGCCAAUCAUUGAAACAUUGGUACGUGAACCACGGCCAUAUUAUUCAUUGAUAUUAUCACCAACACGUGAAUUGGCUAAUCAAAUCUAUGAAAUGAUCAAAGCAUUAACUGUGAAUACAUUUUCCGUGAAAACAUUAUUAAUUAUUGGUGGUCAAAAUCAAGAAGAAGAACAAGGUUUAUGGUUUGGAAAACCAAACAUUGUUGUGGCCACUCCUGGCCGUCUAUUAGAUUAUUUUACUAAUCGUAUUUUGGACAUUUGUGGACAAAUAUCAAUGAUUCGAUUUGAUAUGCUCAUUCUGGAUGAAGCUGAUCAAUUAAUAAGUCCAGGAUUUUGUCAUCAAUUGAAGGGCAUAUUGAAAUUUUUCGAUGAUAUUGCUGAAAACGAAACAACAACAAAACAUCGACGACAAACAUUAUUAUUUAGUGCAACAUUGACACAUGCAUUGGAAAAACUGCAAGAAAUAAUAACGAAAAAAGAUAAUGAUAUCAAACCAGUAAUUAUUAAUCUAUUACCUGCAAUUGAUGAUGUUAAAACCGAAUUGGCAACCAAUUCUAGCCUAGAUCAACGUUAUCUUCUUUGUCCAGAAGCCAUUAAAGUUGUUUAUCUUGUUGAAUGUAUUCUGGAUAUAAAAUUCAAACAGCUGAUCAUUUUUUGCCAAACAAAAAAAGAAGCCAAUCUUAUUCAUAAGGUAUUACUAUCGCUUGGAUUCGAUGGACCAGAAUUUAAUCUAAAUCCAGUGCUAUUGAAUUCAAAUCUAAAACAAAAUCUACGAUUUGCAGCAUUAGAAACAUUUCGUUCAUUGAAAUCAAAAAUAUUGGUCACAACCGAUAUAGCUAAUCGUGGAUUGGAUCUACCACAAGUUGAUUUGGUAAUCAAUUUUAAUUGUCCAAAAUCUCCAAUAAUUUAUAUUCAUCGUGUUGGUCGUACAUGUCGUAAACCGGAUUUUCGUUAUGAACAACAACCGAAUAUUGAACAAACCGAUGAUGAUGAUGAUGACGACUACAAUGAAGAUGACACGGAUGAUGAACAAAAUCGUAAACGUAAAUUGUAUGGUAAAAAAAAUCCAAAUGCAAUAAAACCACGUGCAAAGAAAAUUUCCAAAUGUCAAUCAUCCAUUUCUGGGAAAUCAAUUACAUUGAUAACACAAUAUGAUUUAGAAUUAUUCAAAUCGAUUGAAUCAUAUAUCGGUAUCAAAAUGGAAUCACAAGAAGUGGAUGAAAAAAAUGUCACACAAAUCAUCAAACAAACAGCCAUCGCUAUCAAAGAAGCCCAAAUACGUAUCGAUCAAGAGACUCAAGAAUCAAGUCGAUAUCAGAAUAUCAAGCAGAAUAAAACAAUGAAAAGGCAAAAAUUGAAAUGAAAAAAAAUCAUCAGAUGUCAGAUGUUUUUAUUUAUUUUUUUGAAAUCUAUACUCUGUAAAUACAAUAUUUGUGUUGAAAUAGUAGUAAUUGAAAUGAAAAUGAAAAAAAAUUAGUUUUUUAAAAAUGA